GAUCAAGUUACGAGCAACCACCUUGCUGGUCGGGUAUUAAAAUUUUUCUUCAAGCGGGUGCAACAAAAGAUUUCAUUUCUGGAAAUAAAAAGUUUUAAUUAAAAUCUUACAAAAUAUUUAAAAAUGAUCGUGAUAUUUGCUUUCGCAUUGGGCCUUGCUUCUUUAGGGCUCGUCAAAGCCGAUGUGAGUCAUCUUAGACAGAACCCAUUCCAACAGCAGUCUAGAUCAACCUUUGCAUCAUUCGGUAGCGGACAGUUUGCACCAAACUCCUUUAAUUCACACAAUGAUGCAACAAACUCAAGACAAGCCCAUAAUGCUGGUAACGAUCAGAAUCUUCAAUCUCGCUAUUGGUGGAUGAACACAGAAAUGCCAUUUUCACAACCACACAACACUGAACAGAUUUAUUAUUCUGCUGCGGGAUGUAAUGGGUGUGCAAGCCGCUCAUUGAACACUUUACACAAUUCACAACACUCCACACAAUCAGAUGCAUACAAUCAGAAUCCAUUUAUUAUUAAUGUCAUAGACGACUCACCACCUACGCAAUUCAAUUCUAUUUCAGGAUCACCAAGAGAAUUCAACAAUUUUCAUUCAUCACAGCCUUUUGAAUCGGGAAGAAUUCGACAGUCAUCUGACUGUGUAGACACUAACUCUGCUUGUGUUGCGUCUAAAUUCUGCAUAAAUGGUUUCAUCGAUCAAUCAGCUGAACAAAAAGCUCGUGGCUCGUCUAGAAAAUGUUAUUCACCAGAGGUUUGUUGUCGAUUCGCUCAUCGCAAACGUUCACCAUUCAACCAAGACAAUGCCGUGUCAGAAGCACAAUCAACUUCCGAAGUUUUAACGAAAGAGGGAUACGUUGUAAGAAAACCAACAAAUCAAUAUUUGCCAAGUUUCCAACCAUCGCCAUCGAAUGGCUUACCAACAGUUGUUAGACCUCGACCUCCUGCUCCUAGACCGCAAUACACGCCAGCACCUCCUGCUCCUAGACCACAAUACACGCCAGCACCUCCUGCUCCCAGACCGCAAUACACGCGACCACCGCCACAACCCAGACCACAAUACACACCAGUACCUCAACAACCUCGCCCUCUUCCCCCAAGACCACCAACUCCUUAUAUUCCACCACAACAGCCAAGACCAGUUCCCCAAAGACCAUAUCAACCGCAACCAAGCAUUAGCAGACCUGUUCAAUAUGACCCAGCCCCAGUCGUGAUUCCAGUUGGUUGUUCUGCUGCGAUGAAUUGUACAAGCAUUCAAUAUUGCACAGCAUCUGGUGUCAUCUCAAAAACGCCAGUCAGUCUCUCGCCUCAACAGGAAGCUUUCCGUGUUCCAUUAACGGACUGUCGAAAUCCAUCAACAAACGAGGUUGGAAAGUGUUGUCGUGAUCCAGAUUACGUCGAUCCAUGGCCAGUCGGCCGUACUGGACAGUAUGUACCUGAAGAAAUCAACAGUGUUUUCAAUAGUGGCGCUUACAAGCCCGAACCAAGCGGCCCACUUUCAGUUCGUGUCAAACCAGACGGUUACGUCAUUCCAAAACCUUCAAACACUCAACGAUUGUACUUGCCACCAAAUUCCAACCGAAUUUAAUUUAAUUUUUUUUUCUUUUACUUUACACUUACCAUCGUCACUUCAUUUCAUCGUUUUGAAGAAUGUCCAACCCAUUAAAAUCAUUGCAAAAGUUUUCGCGUAGUGUGAGAAGAGAGAAUAAAACUUUUCAUCACAUUUCAACGCAUCUAGUUGUGUAGAUGGUCAGCUGUGAUAUUUUGAAUCAUUUUUAAUUGUGCAUUCUACCUGACAUCAUGAGAAAAAUGACUUUGCGUUGAUUUUUCUUUCUUCUCAUGCCGCGAAUCGUGUCACUCACGACUUUCACCAAACAUUGUUUUUCUAUCUGCCGUUCAUAAGUAUAAAUAUUUCUUAAAAUAUGUUUAAGACACAAAAUGUAUUUGAUUUUUUGUUUAUGAAAUGUUUUGAUCAUGUCAUGUCGAAAUAUUUCUUUUUUCAUAUCUUUGUAAAUUUUGUUUAAAAAGAAAAAGAAGAAAAUUCAGCAUUAUUUUUGAUGGAAAAAUAAAUAUUUCAGCAUCCAAAAUAUUUACAAUGAAAGCUUACAAUAAAACAUUCAC